AUGGCACUCGGUGUGGUGAGGACUGAAUGGCUGAGGCCCUAUAGCAUAGCUUGCCAUGACGUGGAGUCCACCGGAGAGUUACUAGAAGCUCCUUCACCCCCUGAUGAACUGGAAGCAGUGACUAAGGCUAAGAUCCUCUACCGCUCCUGUAUGAAUGAGACUAUACUGGAGCAGGUGGACAGCAAACCGCUGCUGAACAUUUUCCGACAGCCCGAGUUUCGGUGGCCUGUGGUGGGGGAGGGGCUCGGAGGAGAGUACCAGUGGUCCGAGGGUGAGUGGAGCCUCCUGAAGACCCUCACUGAGAUAAGGAAACAGUUUGGCAGGAAUGUCCUGAUUCGAAUAUACGUCUCCCCCGAUGACAAAAACUCCUCAAACUACAUCCUCAAG